CGGCUUCGCAAUCUCAGCUGACCUCUCAAGAUCCAAGAAGCGCAACAAGUUACAUGCGCGGUGUUCUUUCACCGCCGGCCCCCCCUCGACCAUUCCUUCUUACAAGCAUCAGCUGUUUACAACCAGCGCAACCCUCGCGACGGGCGCUCACUGUUUCCCAAUACUCUAGCAUCAAUCAGUGCACCCCUCAAAUCCACCACCUCGAUCCAGCCUCCCUUUCCCAGGGUGCCAAGAUGUCGCACGACAAACAGCAGCACGACCCUUUCUUCCGGCCCAUCGGAGAGCAUGUCGAAGACUCCGACUCCCCUUCGACGCAGCAGGUAGAUGGACAGACCGACAGCCUGCUGCCUACAGAGCCAGGUGUUCCGACGGACGCCCAGCCUCGCAUGGUAGAGGAGAUCGAAUCGCUGUGCAUGGCUUGUCAAAAGAACGGGACGACUCGACUUUUAUUAACUUACAUUCCUUAUUUCAAGGAGGUCAUCAUUUCCAGCUUCAGCUGUGAUCAUUGCGGCAACAGGAACAAUGAGAUUCAGAGCGCUGGCCAGAUUCAAGACAAGGGCGUGCUGUACACGGUGCACUGCACUUACGCAAAGGACCUGGACAGACAAGUCGUCAAAUCGGAAUUCGCUACCCUCAUCAUCCCGGAGCUCGAGCUGUCCAUUCCGCCGCAACGAGGUCAAUUGACAACCGUAGAGGGUCUGCUUUCAGACACUGUGAGGGACUUGUCGCUUGAUCAGCCUGUGCGCAAGCACGUUGCGCCGGAAGCACACGAUAAGAUUGAGGCGAUCUUGGAUCGAUUGAGGGGCAUUUUAGCGCAAGAUGCGGAUGGAAACAAGCUUGCUGCAGAGGACGACGCCAGAAAGUUUGAGCCCUUCAGCUUGAGAGUGGACGACCCAAGCGGCAAUUCGUUCAUCGAGUUCACCGGAUCAAUCCGAGGCCUUGGCGCCGAGGACAACAAGUGGACAAAGAGGGAUUACCCUAGGACACCGGAGCAGAACGCAACACUCGGCCUUGGUGCUCCUCCUUCUGCGCCUAAGGAGGUAGAAGGCGAGGUGGACCCAGAUCAGGGCGGUGGCUUCAGCAAGGCAGAUGGAGAGACGGAGUUUGAAAACGAGGAAGUGCUCGCUUUUGACGGCACGUGCUCGAGCUGCUCGGCGCCUCUGAAGACACUCAUGAAGAAGGUCAACAUUCCUUACUUCAAGGACAUUAUAAUCAUGUCGACAAAUUGUGACUUCUGCGGGUAUAGAGACAACGAGGUCAAGUCGGGCUCGGCCAUCAGCGAGAGGGGCAGGAAAUUGACUUUGAAGGUGGAGGACUCGUCCGAUUUGUCCCGAGACCUCCUCAAAUCCGAGUCAGCUGGCUUGAGCAUUCCCGAGAUCGAGCUCCAUUUGAACCCUGGAACUCUGGGUGGUCGGUUCACGACGUUGGAAGGCCUGCUGCAGCAAGUCUACGACGAGUUGUCGACACGCCUGAUGAGGGGAGACUCGAAUAGGGGAGAGUCUGGAAAGUUCGAAGACUUCCUGGGCAAACUCAAGAAAGCAAUGUCUGCAGAGGUCUGUCCAUUCACGGUCGUCCUGGACGACCCGUUGGCGAACAGCUACAUUCAAAAUCCGUAUGCCCCCGAUGUCGACGAGCAGGUCACUGUCGAGGAUUACACCAGAACCUUUGAGCAGAACGAAGACUUGGGCCUGAACGACAUGAAGCUCGAAGGCUACGAGGCAGACGACAAACUUGCGCCUCCCGGAAGUGAAAGGAGGGACAAGCCGGACGAGUUGGAGGAUCAGGCACAUGCGAAGCGGGCAAAGUUGGAUACUUUGGCCGAAGCUGAUGAGCCUCAGCACGCUGCCCCACCAGGCGUCGGCAAGGCUCUCAAGCCCCUCGACGACGACGAGAUGGCUUGAGGACCCUUGCCCCGCCCCUGUACUACUCUACCUGUUACAGUGCAAGUGAAUGCUCUAUAUUUCGCAUCAUGUUCAGUAAUUCAAGCACUG